UGCGCAGCCCGCGGCGGCAGGAUGCGGGAGGGGAGCGCGGGCGGCCGCGGAGCCGAGAACCGGACGGGCGCCGAGCCCCCCCUGCACCUUUUCCCCGCACCCGUCCUCACCGGCAUCACCAUCGUCUGCGUCCUCCUCUUCGUCAUCGGGAUCAUCGGCAACCUCAUGACCAUGCUGGUGGUGUCGCGGUUCCGGGACAUGAGGACCACCACCAACUUCUACUUGUCCAGCAUGGCCUUCUCCGACCUGCUCAUCUUCCUCUGCAUGCCCCUGGACCUCUUCCGCCUCUGGCAGUACCGACCCUGGAACUUUGGGGACCUCCUCUGCAAGCUCUUCCAGUUCGUCAGCGAGAGCUGCACCUACUCCACCAUCCUCAACAUCACCGCCCUCAGCGUGGAGCGGUACGUCGCCAUCUGCUUCCCCCUCCGAGCUAAAGUCAUCAUCACCAAGGGGAAGGUCAAGCUGGUCAUCCUCUUCCUCUGGGCCGUCUCCUUCAUUAGCGCUGGACCCAUCUUCGUCUUGGUGGGGGUCGAGCACGACAAUGGCACCAACCCCCUGAGCAACAACGAAUGCCGAGCCACGGAGUACGCCAUCCGCUCGGGGCUCCUCACCAUCAUGGUCUGGACCUCCAGCAUCUUCUUUUUCCUGCCCGUCUUUUGCUUGACCGUGCUCUACAGCCUCAUCGGGAGGAAGCUCUGGAGGAGGAAGAGAAAGAACAUCGGUCCAAACGCUGUCAUCAGGGAUAAGAACAACAAGCAAACUGUGAAAAUGUUAGUUGUGGUGGUAUUUGCUUUCAUACUCUGCUGGUUGCCUUUUCACGUAGGACGAUAUUUAUUUUCCAAAUCCUUCGAAGCCGGAUCCCUGGAGAUAGCAGUGAUCAGCCAGUACUGCAACUUGGUGUCCUUUGUCCUCUUCUACCUUAGCGCAGCCAUCAACCCCAUCCUCUACAACAUCAUGUCCAAGAAGUACCGCGUCGCCGCCUGCCGCCUCUUUGGACUCAAACCCCUUCCCAAGAAAAGACUUUCCAGCACCAAGCAAGAAAGUUCACGGGUUUGGACAGAACCGAGCGUCAUCACAUGACACGUGAUUCCCAAAUUCCCAGCACCAAGAGCAUUGCCUACCAGUAUUUCCCAGGAAGCCAUAACGAAAGAGAAAGAGGGGGAGGAACUCAAACCCAAACGUUGAAGCCGUACUUUCGUCAUCGUCUGGAUUUGCUGGAAGACCUAAUGUAGGCAGUUAAAAGAUUUAAAAAAAACAAAACCACAACAAACAAACUCAACUUUGAGACUAUAAAAGGAGACACUUGGUCACAGAAUUUGCCAACACUCAAGUAUUUUUUUUUUCCUUCUGCUUUUGCCCAUAUGACUUACUUUUUUUCUUUUUGCACUGACUUUAGCAGGAGAGCGAUGGAGCCCCGUUCACUCGAGAGUUUGUGUGAUUUCAGCAGCUCGUAGCUUGAGUGAGAAUUUUUCCAGAGGUAACCUUAGUUUUGCUGAGUAUUUUUUCCCUGGCAUGAAACCAGACCCUAGAAAGAGAAAAACGGAAUUGCCUUUUUGGAGUAGAAAAACCACAGAAUUUGAUACACUUUUCAUAAUCUUGAUUUUUAAAUAAACUAACAUUUUUCUCUGAAUGAGGAAAACGGUUUCUAAAAAAAAUAAAAAAAGGAGAAAUAAAAUGGAUAAUUUUUAAACACGCAAAAGUACAUGACCAGCAUGUCAUGUCUGAGUGGAAAGGAAAUGAGAAAAAAAUACCUUCACAGAAGUGGCUUAGAACAUGACUGUACUGAAAUAUCUUUUUUUUGUUUAACACAUAUAUCAGUGGGACAAGGACAGUGCUGACUUCAGAACUGCAGUGAUGCUAUAAAAAUACGGAAUGCAAUCUCCCACCGAAGUCAUAUUUUAUGGGUUGGUUUUUUUUUUAUCACUAGCUAG